AAGCCCGGAAUCCUAAAAUCUAGGCCACCAGGGAACUGCCAAGUUAAAUUUAAAUUUAUAAAUAUUUAUUGAAUGCUUACUACCAUACGUGCCAGGGCAAGGACCAUGUGCUAGGCAUUGUCAAUUAAGAUGCCCUCUCUUGGGGAGUUCCCUGGCGGUCCAGUGGUUAGGACUCAGCUCUUCCACUGCAGGGGCCAUGGGUUCCAUCCCUGGUUUGGGAGCUAAGAUUUCUCAUUUUUCGGCGCAGCCAAAAAAAAAAAAAAAAGAUGCCCUCUCAUAACAAUUAAAAUACAGUGUGAUAAUCACUGAUAGGGGAAAUACUACCAUCUGUUGGAGUACAUAGAGGAUGUACCCAAUUGCCCAUGCCAGAAACCUGGCAGCCAACCUUAAUUCCUCUUGUUUCCUCACCACUCACAUUUAAUUGAUUACUAAAUCUUUCCAACCUGUCUACUUCCUUUAAUCCCUACAACUACCGCCCUUCUCAGCCCAGAUAAUAUGACUUUUGAACUAGUCUCCUUGCAUAUAGUUCUACUCCUCUCCAGUCCAUUCCUGGCACAGCAGCCAGAGUGAUGCUUCUAAAACAUAAAAAUGGCCUGCCACUCCCCUGACUUAACCAUUCAAAGGCUUCCCAUUUUCCUCAGAGUAAAGUCCAAAUUUUACAGUGUGGUUUACAGAGACUUUCUCCUUUCAGCCCAGUGUUUUCACACUCCCCACCACAAACUCCAUACUCCAGCCACACACUACUUCCUCACAUUCCUAAACAGCACUGAGGUCUCUGGUCCUUUGCAUAAGUUGUUUCCUCUGCCUGAAACACUUCCUUUCCCCACUCCUACCAACCUCCACCAGGCUAACUCAUUCUCAUCAGCUGAUCUCAGUUGAAAGGCCAUUUGCACAAGAAGGCCUCUCUUAACCCCUUAGAGUCGGGUAGGGGUCCUAACUAGGAGACCCUACAGCAGACUUCACAUUCCCACAUUAUAACUUUCAUGACACGUUAAAGGUUAUUUGACUUUCUGACUUCCCAGGAAGUCUGUGAGCUCCGCUAAGGCAGAAGCCUAUAUCUAUUUUGUGAAUAAUCGUAUCUUCAAUGCAUUGUAUAGCACAAAGUAACCUCACUGUACCUCAGCUCAUAAGUACAAUUAGGUAUUAAUUAAUCUUAAAGGUAUACAAAGAUGAUUAAGAAGGGUCCCUUUCUCAAUUACUGACACGUGCUUCCUUGAAUAACGUAUACUUAUUGACAAACUCUUAGCCUUCUUACUCCGCCUCAACUUACCUUUUUCCUUUACACGCUCCCUUCCCUUUAAAUGAGAUUGGCUGCAUAUGCGCUUUAGAAUGGUAUUAAAUUAAUAUUUAAUAGUCACAUUCUUUUUUGUUAAUAGGAUAUGUACCCUAAUUUUUAUUGUGCCACUAACGUAAGUUUAUCAUAACUCAACUCUAAAACUCUGAUUCUUAUGAACUCGAAUCAAGAGUCAGCCAUUGCGAAUAGCCGCUACCAUGACAUCGCCACUUCAGCAAGAUGACUGGGGGCCUCGGUUUCCGUCACCGCCCUUGGGCUGCGUUACAGGAAUAAAGCGCGCCGAGCCCCACACGUGUUGCAUGAUGGGAGAAGUAGUCUACUUUCCGGGAGUCUGGCCGGGGGAAAGGCCACAUUCGGAACUCCAUUUCCCGGCGUGCUUCGCGGCGGUCGCUCAUCCCACUGGCGGGAGACCGGUUCCGGUUGCAUCAGCGUGGGAUCCGCGGCGAAAUGAGGUUGUUCGUGAGCGAGGGCGCCCCGGGGAGCCUGCCCGUGCUGGCCGCGGCCGGGAGGGCCCAGGGCAGAGCGGAGCUGCUUAUCAGCACUGUAGGCCCGGAAGAGUGUGUGGUCCCGUUCCUGACCCGGCCUAAGGUUCCUGUCUUGCAACUGGAUAGUGGCAACUACCUCUUCUCCACCAGUGCAAUCUGUCGAUACUUCUUUCUGUUAUCUGGCUGGGAGCAAGAUGACCUCACCAACCAGUGGCUGGAAUGGGAAGCGACAGAGCUGCAGCCAGCUUUGUCCGCUGCCCUGUACUAUUUAGUGGUCCAAGGGAAGAAGGGAGAAGAUGUUUUUAGCCCGGUCCGGAGAGCCCUGACUCAUAUAGACCACAGCUUGAGUCGUCGGAGCUGUCCGUUCCUGGCUGGGGAGACAGAAUCUCUAGCUGACAUUGUUUUGUGGGGAGCGCUAUAUCCAUUACUCCAAGACCCGGCAUACCUCCCUGAGGAGCUGGGUGCCCUGCACAGCUGGUUCCAGACACUGAGUUCUCAGGAGCCAUGUCAGCGAGCUGCAGAGACUGUGCUGAAGCAGCAGGGUGUCCUGGCCCUCCGGCCCUACCUCCAAAAGCAGCCCCAGCCCAGCUUCCUUGAGGGGAGGGCUGUCAGCAAUGAGCCUGAGGAGGAGGAGCUGGCUACCCUAUCUGAGGAGGAGAUUGCCAUGGCUGUAGCUGCUUGGGAGAAGGGCCUGGAAAGCUUGCCCCCUGUUCAGCCACAGCAGAAUCCAGUGUUGCCUGUGGCUGGGGAGAAGAAUGUGCUCAUCACCAGCGCCCUCCCUUAUGUCAACAAUGUCCCCCAUCUUGGAAACAUCAUCGGUUGCGUGCUCAGUGCUGACGUCUUUGCCAGGUACUCCCGGCUCCGCCAGUGGAACACCCUCUAUCUGUGUGGGACAGAUGAGUAUGGUACAGCGACAGAGACCAAGGCUAUGGAGGAGGGCCUAACCCCCCAGGAGAUCUGUGACAAGUACCAUGUUAUCCACGCCGACAUCUACCGCUGGUUUAAUAUCUCGUUUGACAUUUUUGGUCGGACAACCACUCCGCAGCAGACCAAAAUUACCCAGGAUAUCUUCCAGCGGUUGGUGGCCCGAGGUUUUGUGCUGCAAGAUACUGUGGAGCAACUGCGGUGUGAGCACUGUGCCCGCUUCCUGGCUGACCGCUUUGUGGAGGGCAUGUGUCCCUUCUGUGGCUAUGAGGAGGCCCGGGGUGACCAGUGUGACAAGUGUGGCAAGCUCAUCAAUGCCAUCGAGCUCAAGAAGCCUCAGUGUAAAGUCUGCCGGUCGUGCCCUGUGGUGAAAUCCUCUCGGCACCUGUUUCUGGACCUGCCUAAGUUGGGAAAGCCGCUGGAGGAGUGGUUGGAGAAGACGUUGCCUGGCAGUGACUGGACACCUAACGCCCGGUUCAUCAUUCGUUCUUGGCUUCGGGAUGGCCUCAAGCCACGCUGCAUAACCCGAGACCUCAAGUGGGGAACCCCUGUGCCCUUAGUAGGUUUUGAGGACAAGGUAUUCUAUGUCUGGUUUGAUGCCACCAUUGGCUACCUGUCCAUCACAGCCAACUACACAGACCAAUGGGAGAAAUGGUGGAAGAACCCAGAACAAGUGAGCCUGUAUCAGUUCAUGGCCAAAGACAAUGUUCCCUUCCACGGCUUAGUCUUUCCUUGUUCAGCCCUAGGAGCUGAGGACAACUACACUUUGGUCAGCCACCUCAUUGCUACAGAAUACCUGAAUUACGAGGAUGGGAAAUUCUCUAAGAGCCGGGGUGUAGGAGUGUUUGGGGACAUGGCCCAGGACACAGGGAUCCCUGCUGACAUCUGGCGCUUCUAUCUGCUGUACAUUCGGCCUGAGGGUCAGGACAGUGCCUUCUCCUGGACAGACAUGUUGCUCAAGAAUAAUUCUGAGCUGCUUAACAAUCUGGGCAACUUCAUCAACAGAGCUGGGAUGUUUGUGUCUAAGUUUUUUGGGGGUUUUGUGCCUGAGAUGGUGCUCACCUCUGAUGAUCGGCGCCUGCUGGCCCACGUCACCCUGGAGCUCCAGCAUUAUCACCAGCUGCUAGAGAAGGUUCGGAUCCGGGAUGCCUUACGCAGUAUCCUCACCAUCUCUCGCCAUGGCAACCAGUACAUUCAGGUGAACGAGCCCUGGAAGCGGAUUAAAGGCAGCGAGGCUGACAGACAGCGGGCAGGGACAGUGACAGGCUUGGCAGUGAAUAUAGCUGCCUUGCUGUCCAUCAUGCUCCAGCCUUACAUGCCCACGGUUAGUGCUACCAUCCAGGCCCAGCUGCAGCUCCCACCUCCAGCCUGCAGCAUCCUGCUCACAAACUUCCUGUGCACCUUACCAGCAGGACACCAGAUUGGCACAGUCAGUCCCUUGUUCCAAAAACUGGAAAAUGACCAGAUUGAAAGUCUGAGGCAGCGCUUCAGCGGGGGCCAGGCAAAAGCAUCCCCCAAGCCAGCAGCUGUAGAGACUAUGACAACAGCUGGACCACAGCAGAUACAAGUGCUGAUGGAUGAAGUGACCAAGCAGGGCAACAUUGUCCGGGAAUUGAAAGCACAAAAGGCAGACAAGAACCAGGUUGCUGCAGAGGUGGCUAAACUCUUGGAUCUGAAGAAACAGUUGGCUCUAGCUGAGGGGAAACCCCUUGAAACCCCUAAAGGCAAGAAGAAAAAGUGAAAGUGAGAACUUGGCUCCUAGAAAGUCACUUUAAUGGAUGUGGACAGUAAUAAAUAAAUGUACAAUCUCUAUAUA